AGCGACGAGAAGCGCACAGCGCCCACACAAUUAGGUCACCUCUUGGUUCAGUCAAUUUCAAGGCCAAUGUCAAUGUUACGCGGAGAGGAGAGCUUGAAAUGUAACACACGUUCCUGUCUGGUACGUGUUGUCCGCUCGGAACAAGCUCAAAUCGUUGUCAGCUACGGAUUCAAAAUGUCUAUGUUACCUGACGAUCGUGUGGAUUGAGAUGUUUGCAAGAGAUAUCGGAGUGACCGUGACUGCCGGCGAUUUCAACAGGUGGUUGGUGCCCCAUCAGAGAGCGAAUCUGUCUAAACCAGCUUGUCGACAUCCGUUUUCGCGUCUACAGGCAGAGGUAUUGAAGAUUGAAGUUUUGACUGGAGUCAGAUGAAUGACUGUCAAUUUUAAUUAUCAAGACAACGCAAGACGUCGCCACAGUCAUGCAGAUUGAUACACAAGCCGGUGACUUACCUGUCGAGGUCAAAGGUCAGAGCAUGGAAACUCGCUCAUUCGAAAACCCUGACCGUACAAAUGAAAAUCAAGCACCGUGUACUGGUACACAAAGAAGGCUGUCACGAAAUAAAUGUGAAAAGAUGCGUCGAGAUAGACUUCAAGCCUACGUACAACAGCUGGCCUGUAAAGUACCCCUGGUGGCAAUGUACGACAAAAAACUUGACAAGUGCAAUAUUCUGCGUCUCACUGUUGCAUAUCUUAGAAUGCACAUAGGUUUGAAGAAGAUGAAAUCACAGCUUAAUGACUGGUGCCCGUCUUUCUUCAGUCGUGAAAACCGUGGGAGAUUGCUCCACGAGAUCGUGGAUGGAUUUUUUCUUCUUGUCUCACAAAAUGGCACUAUUGUUUUCACAUCGACUGAGAUCACAACUGUCCUUGGUCAUAAUCAGUCCCAGCUGAUUGGGAGGUCAGUGUAUCAAAUCCUACACCCACAAGAUCAUCAAGUAUUCAAUGCACAGUUCCUACCAUUUUGUUCAUCAGAUAGAUAUGGUCAAUCAGGCUAUCGUUCGGUGUAUCUACGUAUGCUGAAUCUGAAUAUAGCUAAUACAGCAUCGUCAGAAUAUUCCUAUGUCCAGUUGAUCGGAAACCUACAGCAGUUCUCGUUACUUUCAAGGUCAAGGUUGUCAGACAAUCUCAAUGAGAAGUGGCUAGUGUCGGUGUGUCGCAUCCACCGAACUCGCAGCAUCCGAGAAAUCUCAUUGGUCGACAUCAACAAGGCGGAGUGGAUCUCCCAGCAUCACAUGACAGGAGAAAUAUUCUACCAAGAUCCUAGAUCUAGCUGCAUCACCGGGUACCAUCCGUCGGAGCGGGUAGGGUACUCACCCUACAACUUCCUCCACCAUGAAGACUUGGAAGCUGUUGCAGCAAGCCACUUAAAGAUUAUGAAAGACGACCUUGUCCCGAAGACAAUAUUCCGUGUGAAGACUGCCAGUGGGACCUACAUUUUCAUACAAUCUUCCUCCUGUGUAGCCCGCGACCAGUGGACCAAAAAGGCCAAGUUCAUUGUCAGUCUGAACGAAGUCUUAGAACAAGAGGAAGGACGGAAAAAACUUGCCCUUCAGAAACAAGAGAUCGAUUCCAAAAAGACUGAAAAGAUGUUCACAGAUGACAUCUUGACUAUGAUGUCAGACACACUGAUUGGCUCCGAUGACCACGCAAUGCAUGAUGAGAGUGCCAGCUGUGAGAGUGCAAGUUGGCAGCAGUCACAGUUUACAACGCCUUUUGGCAAUGUCAUCAGAUCAUCAUCCGUGGAAAAACAGCCAAGAUGUGAGGCAAUGUCGGCAUCAUCACCGGCACCUACAAAACCGGAAAAUUCUCGGAAACGAGCCGUUGAUCCUUUCGUAAAACUCAUCGAAGAAAGCAUCAUGAGUGAAGCGGAUAUGAGUAAAGUGAAUGUUAUUCCCAGCUCACAUGAUGGACAUGGUAAAGGUCAUUCUUGUCCAAGGGCUGGAGGCAGUUGUCCAUCAGGCUCCGCAACAGUUUCCAAGGAAGGUAACCACUCGCAAAUGUCAAGUCCUAAAGGAUGUUGUUCUGGUGACAGACCUACUGGCUCAAUGUUAAAACUGUUGUUGACGGACAAUAUGGACAAGGCGCCUAUGCCUAUCUUGAAGUCAUCCAAAGUUCUGUCUUCGGUUUGUGAGAGUGGACUCUCUCCUCGGACCACGAAGGAGGCCUCGACCCCUGAUCCCCGGGUGACGCCGUCACCACAAAUACAGAACAACCAUAGCCCAUUGUCGGAGAUGUCGGUGGGUCCUGAUGUUUCCUCACCCAGUAAAUCAUCUACCAUUCCUGAGCAGGAAAGUUUGUCACCAGAGUCUCCAGGCAGUGCUGCAUUGAAAGCUCUGCCGAACUUUGUCCGGAACUUCACAGAACAGCUUAAGCGGAAGCACAUGCUGAUGCAGCGGAGUCUGAUGGAGCAGGAAGCUGUGAUCUUGAUGCUGGAGUCUGAGCUGAAGAAGGUUCAGGAAGUUGGACACUGUUCUGCCACAUUCCAGAAGAUAUGUGAACGCCUUCACUCAAUAAAGGCAAGCAAGGCUAAGCAACAAGCAGAACUGCAGUGCCUUCAAGAAAAGCUCAACCACCAGAAGAGAUUCAGCCCAUCGAACCCACAGAUGUCUAGCCCAGAAGGGACAUCACAGCAGACAUCACAGCAGACAUCACAGCAGACAACACCAGAAACAGAUGUGCCCCAGUGCAACCUUGGACAUAUGACGUUCCCAAGGGCACAGUCGACGGCAAGUUCCACCAUAACCCAAAUCGACCUUGGCGAGAUCGAGCCUACAUUUUACCCCACCAUGAUGGAUGUUUCAAACGAGACGUCCCACUCUCCAGGAACAAGUUAUCGAUUCUCUGACAAGAGUAGCCGACAGUUUUCUCAUACCAGUUUCACCGAGACAUCUCCCAGUACCUUACGUCAGUCCCCAAGUCACAACAUCCAGGACAACUCAAUGAUGGCAUCUCCCCCAGGAAGUCUAACUCCUUCUACAACCACCACAUUCUCCCCAUCAUCAGUGAAUAGUGCUUCAUUCACAGCAUCUAGCACAAGAAUACAUUCACCUCCACAAUCAAGCAGACCCAUGUCUGUUCAUCAGAGCAAUGUUCCUCAUCUAAGCUCCAAUUUCUCCCCAACUUCCCACACCCAUCAAUUACAGAUCUCUCCAACUAACCAUCUUAACCAUGACAACAUUCCUCCAUCCCCCCCAUCAGAUGUCACCACUCCAAUCUUUACCCAGUGUGUACUCCCCGCCUGUGUUGGACUAUUCCCACAGAGUAGAUGGUCUAGUCACUAACCCUGCAUGGGACACCAGUCCUCCGGCCAUGUCCAGCCACACCUCCACACAGCCACACAAUCAUCACAUGCCUCUCACAUCUCCAUCAAGAAGCACCAUGGACCAUGAUAGCCUGUCUACAAGAAUUAUUGACGGCAAUCGGACAGUUUCCCCGGGCAGAACGCAUCAAGAUCAUUAAGUCUGCCUACGCUAAACUUCCUCUUCAUAGCUUUUACCCGACUUACAGUAAUGUGCCCCAAUCUCAACUACAGGACAACCUGUUCACAAGCUGAAAUAUCCAUAGAUCAUGUAUAUAUAUUUGCUGUGUAUAUUCCUGAAUCUGUGUUGGAAACCAAGUUCAUUUGAUAUAAUUCAGGUUCAUGCUCAAGGGUCCUAUGACCUUUGUCCUGUAACCCAUGGCCUUUGAACUAUGGCUUAUGACCAUUCAUGACCUUUGAUCCAUGACCUGUGACAUUUCCAGAGUAUGACAUGCAGGAAAAGCUCACCUUUUGUGUGUACAAACUUGACAUAUUUCAAAUGGGAAAUAUUAUGGAUGCCUUAGAACGUACGGAUUCUUGUUCGGAUAUUUUUUGGAGAGAAACUGUUUCUGAUAUGGCCUUCAUGCUGUGUUGUGAACCAGUGAUCUUGUGCCUCUUGUGGCCUUGAAGAUGGUGUCAAGGUUAAGUUCUUGAAGUUUUACAAGUAUGGAGGUGUAUGGCAUUGGAUCUGUCUGAUUCUGUCCUUUGGAUUAAACUACACCAAGGUCAAGUAAGGUGGAACUUUGAUGAAUAGUCCUUUUCUCAAUUUGUUUAUGUCUUGUUUUUAUGGACAAUGAAAAGAUAUUGUUUUGUUUUCAUAUGUGACUGUCGUAUAUUCAGUAGUCAUUAUAUUGCAGAAAUAUUUUCAUCAUUUGUUAAGUGUUGGUUUAUUGUAAAAAUGUCUACGUGAUAGUGGACUUAUCUAUUUCAGCAAGCUGAAACUUUAUUCUAUAUUUGAAUAAGAAAUAUGAAUU